AUGGACGCCGAGGCAGAGCUCAACGAGCACUUUGCGGGCACAUUCCCCGAUGGAAUUCCGAAGGAUAUCCUGACUGAGCUACUUUCCAUGCUACGAAUUCAUUCGAUCUCCGCGGAGGAGCUCUUCUACAAAUGGGAAUCAUACAGCAUAAAGAUGGGCGAUGGGGUGACCUUGAGCAUGCAAACAGUGCGAGGCUUCAAACAUGAUAUUCAAGAAGCUUUGGAGCGCGAAAGUCGCGACAAGAUCGGCCGACACGCCGACAAACGAACAAACAUGGGAACCCCGCGGGGCGCGGCUGCAGCCAGCGGCGAUAUGUUUGGGAUGUUCGACCAAUUGACACCAAAUGCCUCGAACGUUCGAGCUGGUAAUGGAUUUGGAUCAGCAAAGCGAAAGGCGGAAUUCACCUCACCAGCUACGCCACGAGUCAGCAAGUUGGAAAAGCAUGGACCACAAGCAGGCGCAAAGACGCCGACCGGAACACCUGGCGAUGGAAUGCAACCAGUGCCAUUCUCCGAACGACCGAACGCCGGCCAGACAGUAGAAACGCUCAAUGCGCACCUCUCCUUACCGGAAUCCCUAAUGGCGCCGUUCCCCGAGUCGCGCAUUAAGCCUACGGCGAAUACGGAUCUCAAGAAGUUCGGCUACAAACCUAUGGGCAUGAAGUUGUCAGAAGCCUCGGAGAUUCUAGAUGAUCGCAUCGAUGAAUUUGCAACGAUAUUCCAGGCACAAUUCGAUUCGGACGAAGUUACCUUCGACAGUGCAGCCAUCCAGAGCACCAGCGAGAUUAUUGCUGUUGGGCGCAUCGCUUCAGACAGUCUUGAAGGGAAACUGAACGCGGCUUCUCUUGUUCUUGAGACUUCGCGCCGGACCGGAGCCGGCAGACGAGUCCCCUUGAAGAUGGACUCGGUACCUUCAGCAAACUUCUUUCCUGGCCAGAUCGUAGCUCUCCGCGGGAUCAACCCUUCUGGCGAAUACUUUACCGUCAAGGAAGUGCUUCCAAUUCCCCUGCUGCCGCCAGCAGCAUCGUCAGCGGUGGCACUCGACAACAUCAACGAGCGACUUCAUGGCGAUGUGAACUCACCACUUAAUAUCAUGAUGGCGGCCGGCCCCUACACAUCGGAUGACAACCUGGACUUCGAGCCACUGCAGGAGCUGUGCCAAAAGGCAGCUGAUAACUACGCCGAUGGGUUGGUGCUACUAGGGCCAUUCUUAGAUAUUGAGCAUCCGCUUCUUGUAUCGGGUGAUUUUGAUCUGCCCGAUAUCAAGGGUAUCGACCCUGACACAGCUACAUUGUCUAUAAUAUUUCGACACUGCAUCUCAGCACCGAUUGCACGACUUGCAGCGGCUGUCCCAAGUAUCACAAUCGUGAUGGUUCCAUCUGUUCGCGAUGCCAUCAGCCGACACGUCUCUUUGCCUCAGGAACAGCUCCUUAAGAAGGACCUGGGUCUGCCCAAGCAGGUCCGCAUGGUCUCAAAUCCUGUGACGCUAUCCUUCAACGAAUGCGUCAUUGGCAUGUGCUCACACGAUGUGCUCUCCGAUCUUCGUCGUGAGGAGGUCUUGCACGGUCGACCUGAGGAGGGCAACUUGCUCACUCGUCUGCCCAAAUAUCUCGUCGAGCAACGUCACUUCUUCCCUUUGUUCCCUCCCACAGGACGGGCAGGUCUUCCAAGGCCCGCGACCGAAGGUAGCAUGGCUACAGGUGCCAUGUUGGAUCUCCCAUAUAUGAAGCUAGGCGAGUGGUGGAAUGUUCGACCCGAUAUUCUCAUUGUGCCUAGUAUGCUGCCGCCUUUCGUGAAGGUCGUUGACAGUGUGCUAGUCAUCAAUCCAGGCACACUUUCGAAACGCCGCGCCGCAGGUUCAUACGCCCAACUGGCUGUCCACCCCCGGGUGAUCGCGGAGGAUGAGCGCGAGCAAAAGCAGCUGGGCCACAAGCUGUACGAGCGGACUCGUGUCGAUAUCACUCGAAUCUAA